UUUAGAUAAGACUUUUUAAUACUACGUACAUUUUAUAUAUCCCAAAAUGUUUAGAUGUAUUCAAAUUGGACUCAAGAAUUGAUUCUUUUCAAAACAUGGACUUAGAAGCCCAACUACAAACAUAAAUCCAUCGGCGACAAAAGGACCCGCCACUGGCGCGGGAAGGUUUUUAUUAGACCCGUGUUCUAAUUGCCUAAUUGGAACAGAAAUUGGUUUUUAUUUUUUAUUCCAAAAAAAUACAUAUUGUUCGUGGAAGCACCUCAAAGGAUCAUUGGCUGAGUCGUAUUCUGACGCCUUUCGCUGAAGCACUCCCAAAGGUUUGUUCAUUCAUCUACGAUUUUUCAAUCAUAUCAGAUCUGUUUUUUCUCUUACAAUUUUUCUAUUGAUGAAUCGUAAAGUAUUGAAUCUUAAAUCUUGAAUUACAUUGAAAACGGCGGCAAUGUGAAUGGUUGCACCCUCUUAUCUUUGUAAUGUUGUUCAGAUACCUUUGAAAACCCAAGAAUUUCAGAGGUAUUGCGUUUGUAUCUUGAUGAAUUCAACCAUUUCCGUGUCAUCUGCAGUUUCCUCUAAAGUGGGAAACAAGACUGACUUCUUUUUCUGGGUUCUUGUUUGCUUACUACCUAAGUUCAUUAAGAGACAUACACUACACUGGGACUUGUAUUUGAUUGUUAAGGGUGUUGAUAGGAUUUCACAGAUUCUUCUAACUUUUGAACUGCUUAGAAAGACUGAGGUUUAGUUCUUCUCUGGCCAUCUGCAUCUCUGAUCAGUAUUGUCAGCAUGGUUUUCUCUCAGAUCAUUUCUACCACAAAGUCUUACAUGCCAAAAUCCUUUACCAAUGCUUUUCUUCUACCUCUUAGUCCUCCUGAUGAUCCCUCAGAGCAGGUUGAGUUGGACUUUUCUGAUGUUUUUGGCCCUUUAAAUGAACAACCUAGUAUUGGGAUAUCCGAAAGUCCUACUGUUAGUGAGCUCGUAUAUGAUGAUCCUGAGGUUAUCUGCAACCGAUCACAUUCUUUGGUGGGUCCCUCUUCGUUUGUGAGUCAAUCUUUAAAACUUGGCCGGCUCACCCUUCAUGAAACAGAAGCAUCUGUGGAUGUUUUGGAAAGUUUAACCAUUGAAACAAUUAAAGAAGAUCAAACGAUAGGCCUUGAAGAUUUUGAAGUUAUGAAACUCGUUGGACAGGGUGCGUUUGGAAAAGUUUUCCAGGUGAAAAAGAAGGGGACAUCUGAAAUCUAUGCAAUGAAGGUGAUGAGGAAGGACAAGAUUAUGGAAAAGAACCAUGCUGAGUACAUGAAAGCAGAGAGGGAUAUCUUGACAAAGAUAGAUCAUCCCUUUGUCGUCCAGCUUAGAUAUUCAUUUCAGACCAAAUACAGACUUUACCUUGUGCUAGACUUCAUUAAUGGUGGGCACCUAUUCUUUCAGCUUUACCGUCAAGGUCUUUUCAGAGAGGAUCUUGCACGCAUAUAUACAGCAGAAAUUGUAUCAGCGGUGUCUCAUCUUCAUGAAAAUGGUAUAAUGCACAGGGAUCUCAAACCAGAAAAUAUUUUGCUGGAUGCAGAUGGCCAUGCAAUGCUGACUGACUUUGGUUUAGCAAAACAAUUUGAGGCAGAUAAGAGAUCAAACUCCAUGUGUGGAACGGUGGAUUAUAUGGCACCUGAAAUUAUUCUUGGAAAAGGCCAUGAUAAGGCUGCUGACUGGUGGAGUGUAGGGAUUUUGCUUUUUGAGAUGCUUACUGGAAAGCCUCCUUUUAUUGGUAACAGAGAGAAAGUUCAGCAGAAAAUAAUUAAGGAGAGAAUCAAACUGCCAACAUAUUUAUCUAGUGAAGCACAUUCUCUACUGAAAGGGCUACUGCAAAAGGACUCAAGCAAACGGAUAGGCAGUGGGCCAAAGGGAAGUGAUGAGAUAAAGGGCCACAAAUGGUUUAAGCCCAUCAACUGGAAGAAACUGGAGGCAAGGGAAGUACAGCCCAGUUUCCGUCCUGAAGUUGCUGGAAAGCAGUGUAUUGCAAAUUUUGACAAGUGCUGGACUGAUAUGCCCCUGCAAGAUUCCCCUGUUUCCAGCCCUAAUUGUGAUCUCUUUCAGGGAUUCACCUACGUGAGACCCGCUGCCUCCUUCCUUCGGAGGAGCAGUAGCCCUCUCGGCUAGGUACCAUAAUCUGCUUCCUUCCUAGGGUAUAUACUACGUAUAAUAAUAAGCUAUACUAUUGGAUUUAGCAUUGAGUAAUUGAGUUUGACCCUCGUAGUUGAAUUUAUGCUUUAUUUUAUUUCCCAACAAUAAAUUAUGUGCUUGUAUGAGAUUCUAUUUUAUUUAAUGUCCUUUUUCACUUUUUGCCU